GCCGCGGACUCGCGGGCCUCCGCCGGGCAGGCCGCGGAUCGCCCACCCCUUCCCCCAGGGUGAGUCCGUCGGGACGCGGGCGCCACCGGAGCGGAGGCGCCGAGCCGCGCCCCAGGCUCGGAAGAACAGCCCUGAGCGGCCGCCUCGUCCUCUGCAGCCGAGCGGCGGAUGUUCUUUUAAAGAAUUGUUGAAGACGAAGUUUUUUUUAUUUUUGUUUUUUUGUUUGUUUUUUAAUGGCUUUACAGAAUUUUAAAUUGAAUACAAUUUGACAUGACGGCAAAAAAUGUUGGUUUGACUUCUACAAAUGCAGAACUAAGAGGAUUUAUAGAUCAGAAUCUCAGUCCAACAAAAGGUAACAUUUCAUUUGUUGCGUUUCCAGUUUCCAGCACCAACUCACCAACAAAGAUUUUACCAAAAACCUUAGGACCAAUAAAUGUGAAUGUUGGACCCCAAAUGAUUAUAAGCACACCACAGAGACUAACCAGUUCAGCAAGUGUUCUGAUUGGGAGUCCAUAUACCCCUGCACCAGCAAUGGUUACUCAGACACACAUAGCAGAAGCUACUGGCUGGGUCCCAGGUGAUAGAAAACGAGCUAGAGAAUUUAUAGAUUCUGAUUUUUCAGAAAGUAAACGAAGCAAAAAAGGAGAUAAAAAUGGAAAAGGCUUGAGACAUUUUUCCAUGAAAGUAUGUGAGAAAGUUCAGCGGAAAGGUACAACGUCAUACAAUGAAGUGGCCGAUGAGCUGGUAUCAGAGUUCACCAAUUCAAAUAACCAUUUGGCAGCUGAUUCGCAGGCUUAUGAUCAGAAGAAUAUUAGGAGAAGAGUUUAUGAUGCUUUAAAUGUGCUAAUGGCAAUGAACAUAAUUUCAAAGGAAAAAAAAGAAAUCAAGUGGAUUGGCUUGCCUACCAAUUCUGCUCAGGAAUGUCAAAAUCUUGAGAUAGAGAAGCAGAGGAGGAUAGAACGGAUAAAGCAGAAGCGGGCCCAGCUGCAAGAACUUCUCCUGCAGCAAAUCGCUUUCAAAAACCUGGUUCAGCGAAAUCGGCAAAAUGAACAACAGAACCAGGGCCCUCCGGCUCUGAACUCCACCAUUCAGCUGCCAUUUAUAAUCAUCAAUACAAGCAGAAAAACAGUCAUAGAUUGCAGCAUCUCCAGUGACAAGUUUGAAUAUCUUUUUAAUUUUGACAACACCUUUGAGAUCCAUGAUGACAUAGAAGUGCUGAAACGAAUGGGAAUGUCCUUUGGCCUGGAGUCAGGCAAAUGCUCUCUGGAAGAUCUGAAACUUGCUAAAUCAUUGGUGCCAAAGGCAUUAGAAGGUUAUAUCACAGAUAUCUCCACAGGACCUUCUUGGUUAAAUCAGGGACUACUUUUGAACUCUACUCAAUCAGUCUCAAAUUUAGACCUGACCACUGGUGCCACCUUGUCCCAAUCAAGUGUAAACCAAGGGUUGUGCUUGGAUGCUGAAGUGGCCUUAGCAACUGGGCAGUUCCUUGCCCCAAACAGUCACCAGUCCAGCAGUGCAGCCUCUCACUGCUCUGAGUCACGAGGCGAGACCCCCUGUUCGUUCAACGACGAAGAUGAGGAAGAUGACGAGGAGGAUUCCUCCUCCCCAGAAUAAAGACAGGAGAAAACCCACGUUUUAAUAUUUGAUGCUCAUGUGUGUUUUUAGUGUGAGCUCUUGUUUUUAAAAUGAUUGCUUCAGUCUUUGCCUUUGUUUGCACUGUGUGUUCAGUGAAAACUAGGGAAACACAAUAAGCAAAUGAUAGGAAGGCUGAGAUGAUUGAGAUGAAAGUUAACCUAGCGUGAAUGAAAACUCUGACCAAGGGAGCAAUGGAUCACACCGCAGACAAAGCGGUUUUCUGAGGUGAUGGAGGGGAUAGGCCCUAAAGAAUUGGCAGCAUGAAUGAAGCUCAUUUAUCUCCCACGAGGUGGGAUCUUUGUGUCCCCCCGCACCCCUGUAACCGUCCUUAGGAUCAGGAUUGCUGUAACAAACAGUCCUUGACUUCAUGUUCGUCGUGUCUCUCUUCCUCGACUGGGCUGCUUUUUACAAGCAGAAGUGAACGCGAAAGGAUCCCAGCGGGGACGAGUUGUACAGUGAGGGAUGUAGACGGCAAUCCUUGUGGUCUAAGGAGCACAGACUGAACUGCUGAACUAGUUGAAAGUCUAGUUGAGGUGCUUUACGCAUCAGCUGCCUUAGACGGCUUCUAGAAAGGAGCAAGCGCUAAUUCUUAAGUACUUAAGUGACAUUUAGAAUAAUUUAUAGUAAAACUGAGAUGAUCAUUAUUAGCCAAUGCAUUGGUGCAUAGAAUUUUCUAGGGCUACUUCUGGAAGCCAAAUAUAGAAUAGCAUUUCCACGUGCAUUAAAUACUUUGCCAGCACUGCCUUUGCCAGCAUUCUAAAUCUGGAGUUUUACAGAGAAGGAAAUUGUAUCUAUAGUUUUAAUCAAAGCUAUGCAUUUCAUAUAGCUUUUUCAUUUGAAACAAAACAAAGAAACCAAUUCCUAUGACCGAAUUGCUUGCUUAUAGCUCCCUCCAGUACUUGUAUGAUUUCACUCUGUGCAAUUUGUGAAAAUGAACCAAAUGUCAUUACUUUUGUCUUAAAAGAAAAGUCUCUUUCAAGAAUACGAACAGCAACGUUUUCCUGUACACGUCACCUUUUGUACAUUUUCAUUACUCAAAAUUACCUUAUUGGGUUUAUUCCUGGGUAAAUUGCAUUUCAAACUAACCCGAUAUUAAUUGUUUCACAGAAACACAGAAAAAUGUUGAUCACUCCAAAUGACUGGAUUUGUGGUAGUGCAGUAUACAGUAUGUUGUUUCAUAGCCAAAGAUGCCACUGGGCGUACUGCCCUGGGGCGUUCACAGCUCCUGGCCCUCUGAACAGGGCAGUGUGAGGACAUCGGCCGGCAUGGCCAGGCCCCGAUCUAUCACAUUAAGGCCUUGAGAAGGAGCAAAUAGUAAUGGAAAAUAACUCUUUGACUCGAAUCCUUUGGAUUUGCCUCUAGAUUAUGCAUCCAGCACCUUUGGGCGCAACACUAAGCUUGUCCCAAAUCGGUUCUUUUCUAAUAAACCCAUGGUGGGGGGUGGGGUACGGAUGCCUUCUGAUGCCUUUUUAAAGUUCUUCCACUCUGCUUACAGUGAGCUGGAGAGGAAAGAUUUGGCUGACCUAAAAUUUUUACUAAGGCCAUGAAAACUAAUACACAAGAACACACAGCUUUAACUGAGGUUCCUUGGAGACAACACUCAUUCUGUCCCAAUAAGCCAUAGUGCAGACUCAGAGUGGUCAGGGGAGCAGAGAGAUCGAGGCAGUUCUAGAGACUUCUGUCUCCGCCUGAGUUCUGGACACACCUCUGAGGCUGGUGGGUGGCAGGAGUCCGAAAUAGUGCAGAGGCUGCAGCAGGGCCCCGAGGGCUUCCGAGACACUUCCGACUCGAAGAGCAUCAGCUACACAGUUGGAUAAAACUGGUUCCCUUCCAAAUGGCCCCCUCCUUUACUGACUCCAACCUUAACUACCCGUAUCCCUGUACUCGAGGGCCAGCCGGGACCUGGAGAGCCCAGGGGUCACAGCUGACUCUUUAGUCUUCACAAUAUUUUAUGCAGGUUCCAAGACCUGUACAUCAACAUUUCUGCAGGUAAUUCAGCAUAACCAUUCCUGCACCACAUAGCAAAGUCCUUGCUGGAGCUCUAGUUCUCUCUCUCUCUCUCUCUCUCUCUCUCUCUCUCUGCUGCUGCUGCUGUAGUGUUUUAAACUGAUAAAAUGCCGGUUUGGGGUUUUUUGUUUUUGUUUUUGUUUUUUUAAAGCAACCAAAGACUCUUCACAUAAUUGGUGCCCCAUCAUUGGCCAUCUCAGCCGUUCGUGUGUGGUGUUUGGUGGAAAGUGGCCUCCACCCCUCAGUAAAGGGUUUGGGUUACUGCUGAGGACAUCUGUUGGAGGCGCACUGUGGUCACCAGGACAUCUCGCUGGUGUCAAGCCUUACCUGAGCAGAAAGCUAAGUUGAGAUGUUUAGAAAGAUAAAUUCUUCUAUUCUUGUAUAUCUCCCCUAAACAGAUUUUUUUUUUUAAGUUCAAUACUCAGUCACAAUUCUAUAUAGAAAUCAAAAUAACAAAAUGUUGGGAAAUUAUGAUUACGAUAUCCAGGAUUCCUUAUAGGAGUAGCCCUUGGGGUCACAUGCACACAUGCAUACACACGUGUGUGUGCACAGACACCCCUCCCAGAAGGUGCCAGUCACACUCUGCUUUUUGGGGAGUUCGAGAGGCCUUUUUCCUCCUCAAGGGUCAGCUCAGCUAUUACCCUUUUAAGUGCAUGAUGUCAUCGGGCCGGUAAAUUCCUGCUCCCAUUAGCACAUGCACAGGGGGCACCAGACCUGCCACACUGACCGUUACGUGGGGAGGCCAGCACUUUCAGAGUCCAUGGCAGUGUGUGAGGCACCCCGGCACCUGCCCAAGCUUCCCUUCACCCUUCCCACCAUGAAUCUUUCUCAUUUGCUUAGUCUUUUCGUGUGCUGGCAAGGGGGUGGGAACAGCUUUGGCAAGUGCUGAUCUGAAUUGUGCCUUAUGAUCACGGAGGACGUUGUGGAAGGGGCAGGAAAGGAGAUGCCAACGCGGUGAUUCCUCACCUCAGUGAUGGGCACCGUCCCUGGAAAACUUGACAAUGACCACGUGUCUUGUUCCCUGCAGUUUAAUUCUUUAUAGAAAUGGUGGGGAGUUUCUGCCGUUUUACCAGGACAAAAGAGGGUAACUCCCAUCGUUGGCGGAAUUUACAGUGGUAACUGUCCCCUUGCCAUACUUGAAAAAUAAAGCCAGGGUCCGUCCUCAAAUGCAAAUUAGCUCCUAUCAGAUAAUUAAGAUGGAGAGGUUUCACAAAGGAGUGGUCCGCUUUCGCCGUGCAGACGUUUGUCACUGGGCUGUCUGCUAGACCACAGCUCUUUUUUGGCUACUUGGGUCACAGAGACAGCAAAGUUGCUCCAAGUGUAGAUGUAACUUAGGCCCUGGGACAGUCAGAACAUAGUGGCGGUGGAUGUUCUUGGAGGCAAGGUUACAAAGGAAGGGAGCUGCCAAAGCUGUUUCGUAACCACAGAGAGAGAGAGAGGGAGAGAGAGGUCUGUUUAGCUUUAUCAGUGAUUGACUUUAAGGGCCCUUUAAAUACCUAUCCCACUUCCCGCUCCCUGUCCUCAGUCAUAUGAAAGGAGUGUUUCUCCCCAAACCAAUCUGGGAUGUAGACGUUAAGAUUGUGCCUUCCUAGUGGUUAAGUACGCAGUGGGUGUUGGACAGUGAAUGUAACAGUUUAAUCCUUCAGUAGGUAUUUGAGUGAAUACAGAACAGAAAACAUUGAGAGUGAUUAGUGCUAAGGGAAAAAUGAUGGGGUAAUAAGACAGUGGGGGGGAAAGGUGACUUUGGCUAGGCCGGCCAGGGAAGGCCUCCCCCUAAGAAAGUGACAUUUGUCCUGAGUCAGUUAAAAGACUGACAUCUCUAUACCUUCUUUCCACACUAUCCCCAUAAUAAGCACUUGGAUUCGCUACUAAAUUCCAAAGGUCACACCGUUCCGGUGUUAAACAUAGAUUUUGGGUGGGAUUUGUUAAGGAACUUUUAAGAUUUAAAGGAAAAAUUUAGCUGCCAACAGUAUCCAUGAACCAAGAGAAAAUUCUAACUCUAACCCAUGACGUUGUCUCAUUAUUCAUUUCAUCACUCUGCAGUGGAACCUAUACCAUAAAAAAGUAAUCACUUUUCUAGGUGUUUUUCUUCUAGUUUUUCAAGUUGUUGGAUACAUAAAGAUCUACUUUUUGUAUUAGAUACAUAAAAGAUAACCUUUUACUCUACGUGUGGGUAGGCUUUAAGUGGAGCUAAAGACUUCCCGGGAUAUUUUCACAAAUAGGCUCCCUGUCUCCGUGGCCCAGGGCAGUGGGCCCUAGGCCCUGAUGGUCAUAAGUGUGUACUGAUGGGGGACCCCCAGCCGUGUGCCCGAGGCCUACACCACACUGUCGGCCUCAGAAAUGUGCCUCCUUGCCCUCUGAAUCACAGUCGGUACAGUCUUCAGCUGAUUUAACUUACACUGAAGCCACACUAUUACUCAAAAGGGAAAAGGCUGAUGUUUGCUUAAGAUCUUUUUAAGAAAAAUUCAAACUAAACGCCCACAUAAAUGACAACAUUCCUCAGGAAUUCGCUCCAAACAGGUAGGCUUACGUAACCUUUGAGAUCCAGUUUCCCCCCACACACCUUACAUUCACACUAUGCUAAAGAAGGAAAAGUGGGGGGCACGAAACUGUGACCCUCCAGUUGUGCCCUGGGCAUCUGUGACAAGUAUGAAAGCUUAAAUGGUGGUAGCAGAUGUCCGCUUGCGACGAGACUGCAGGAAGUGCAUUGUUUCUUACAUGCAUUCUCUGCAGCUGUUCUCUCAGUCCAGGUAAAACCCUGAGCCAUCCUUCUACAACCUUUACUUUGCAAAAAGGGCUCUAGAACUGCAUGCUCUCCUGACCCUUGCGUUCAGCCGACUGGACUUGGCCUCCCUGCUUAGAGCUGCAUCGGAAGCCAGUGUAGAUGGAAGGGACAGGACUCCCCCAUCCUCCCCCAUCCUCCCCCGAGGGUCUCAGAAUGGAAGGGAACAUCUCUUCUACCCCAUUUGUUGAGAAACAAGCUGAGAGCUUGGCCUAACAUCCCUCAGCCUGUCUGGCAGAGCCUGCACCACAACCCAGAAUUCUUCCUCCCGUGAGGGCCACUUGGCCUCCUGCAAACCACACCCUCACCACCGUCCUUCAGACAGCUUUGGAUUAAUAUCAGUCCUCUGUCGAACCAAGUGCUUAACAGCUGAGCAAAAGCGGGACUCCACCCGUGAGUCCCCAGCAUGAGGUUGUGGUGUCAGCUUUGGGCUUCUCUCGACUUGGAAGACCCCAGGUUUAGUCAUCACACCUGGGAAGAAAUUCAUUCCUCCCUGAGGAAAGACCAUCCUACAUGUUUAUGUUGGUCACCGGUAGGAGGUUGAGAGGUUGAGUUCCCACUGGAUCCUUCUGUACCACAUUAGCUUGUUCCUGUCUGUGCCUCUCAACACAACAAGGAAACUUCCCCAGAUCAUGUUUGGGGUUUAAAACCCUUUGUCACUUCAAACUCACCAUGUUGUCACUUACACGUCAUCUUCAGCAUGUCAGGCACCACCUAAUAACAAAUGGCCUAAUGUUUUAUUUUGCUUAUUCUUGACUGGGGUCAGUGUUUUUCGCAUACUAAAAAGUCCGAAGAUCCAGAUAUUUUUCUGCUAAAAGACUUCUUUGAGCACAUUGCAGUUCUGUUUCUCCUUGUAGUACGAUGGCAGGUGCAACCUUUCGGGGUCCUGAAAAUAGAACUAGUAACUGGGGCAGGCUGCUCAGUGGCCUGAGCUCUGAUGACCAUGGUUCAGUACUGUGAGUUCCUUGAGAGAUUUCGUUUGCCACCACCGCACUUGACUUCUAGACAAAAAAAAAAAAAAAAAGGCUGUGAGCCCAAAUCACAAGUUCAUUCACCUUUUCAUUUGGAGAUGCUUUACUCUGAUCAUGUGCUGUUGGGUUUUAUUUCCAGAAAAUCUAGGUCUGUUUUUUUUUUUCUGCAUGAAGGAAACGUUGUGGUGCCACAUGCUUUAAGCAGUUUAAACAGGAGAAGCGAGGGGAAGAUGCAGACACCACAUCUGACUUGCCUAAUGUAGACUUUAUUAGAUUGAAGUACCUAACCUAAUAUGAUGUAUUAUUUUAUAGCAUCUCAAACUUUGUAAAUAAAUACCGUUAUUUUUAUAUGGAAAUUUUAUAGAAGAGCUAUUUCUGUAUACUUAAUUAUUCCUGGAUUUCCUGAAAUUGCUUCCAAUAGAUAACAGUCAAGUCCUGAGCAGUGUUCCUCUAAGGAUGGUUCAAGACCACCUGCAGCAGAAUUAAUGAGAGUUUUAACUUUUUGCCUCCCUAGGACUGACCCCAGACACUCCGAAGCUCUGGGAGUGGGCCCUGGGAAAUUGUAUUUUUAAUAAACUCUUGAGUGAUGGUUUUUGUCCAUUAAAGUGUAUCUUUAUCCAUCCUGUAAGAUUAAAAGAAGGAAGGGAAGAAAAAACAUCUGAGAUGAGUUAAGUUGUGCUUGAGAAAAAAAAAAAUGGAUCAGACUAUUCUAUGAUUUGAAUGAGAUGUACUAUAGAAAAAAUAAAUAAUUUAAAUAA